GUGUAUAAUUGAAUUGUAUUAAAGUUAUUCCUCUUUGAAUAAAUCAAUAAUCAGGGUGAUGCGUGACGACACGGCAUGGCUAGACUUUCGUUUUCCACGGGUGCAAGGACUCGAGUCUCAUGGACAUUGUGGACACUUAUUUGACCUGAGACACGGACAGUAGACAUUGACAGAGUGAAUGUGGAGGUAAGCCUAGAACUAAUAGACCGUGUGGGCUGGGUUUCUGUGAACUGGCAUAAUGCACCGGAUGACAUAGAUGUACUCGACAGCAUUUGUAUGAGGAAUUUGUGACUGUUGUUGAGUGUGUAGUAAUUGUUCAAGGAAUGUGUAUUUUUGUGUCCGGUCACAUACACCUGGAGAUUAUCAGGGACAUUACAAUCUGUCAUUUUUUGUACAAGAGCUUUGCAGACGCUAGUGUUCGUCAAUCGAGGUUUUAGGUGGAGCUUAGAUGGCACUAGAUUUCCAAAGAGCGCAGAAACUUUGGAAUGCACAAGCCCAGAUUGAAGCUGCAAAUAAUUGUAGGCGACGGUAUCAACACGGAAGAGGCCCCUGUAAUGUCUUUAUAUUGGACACAUCAUCAAGUCUUGGGGAAGACGGCUUCACUCAGAUGAAAGAUGUAUUUAAGACUAUACUAGACGAGUAUGCGUGUCAUCCAGAAAUUGAUGAAAACGUAAGUGUCAUCGUUUGUGGAAGAAACACCAGAUUUCAACAUUAUUAUUCAAAUCAAUACGCUGAUAUCAAAAGAUGUGUUGAUGGUCUUGAGUUUGGCGGAUUAACUCCUUUAACCGCGGCGUUUAUCCUUUCCCUUGGAAGUCUUCAAAAUAGAGCUGCUCAUUCAAGAAUGAUGAAUGACUUCCAUAUUCAUCCUCGAAUAAUUCUAAUUUCGGAUGGAAAACCGACAGAUUUUACAAGUACCAAUGACGUUGAAGACUCGCCUCAAUGUGAACGAGACGAGGAUAAAGACCAUCUACUUCAACUGACAAGAAAUAUCGGAAGGUGCUAUCCUAUAUUUUGUAUUCCAAUAGGAAAAGACCCAGAUGUUGUACUUUUGGAAUUUAUCAGCGCUCAGUCAAGAGGAGGAAAGAUAGUGUAUCCAUCCGAGGCUAAACAAUUUGCAAAAUAUUCAACAAAUAUACGAGCAGCCUCUCUUUUGCAUUUUACGAUGAAGAAUGAUGGCAAUGACAGAGAAAUGAUAUUAACGUUACUAGCAUGCACAAUGCCCUACAAAGAGUUCACAGAAAUGGAUCAGGAUGAUAUAUUUGAUAUAUGCACGAAAAAAUCAUUGUACAAUCCUUGGGAUGAUGUAAGUGAUGAUGAUGUUGACGACAUGGACCACGAAUGUAAAGAAAGGUACUCCUCUAUGCCCGCCCUAGGGACCAGAGUUAGAAGAGGGUUAGACUGGGCGUAUGAUGACCAAGACAAUUAUGGGCCUGGAACCGUCGUUGGACAUUCGGAUAAUGUCGGGUGGCUUUUGGUGAAGUGGGAUACCAGUUUGACAUUCGACUACAGAUACGGAUCAUCAAGCUUCGAAAAAGACAAAUAUGACGUCAUUGUAUGUGAUGAACCACGGCUACUAGAGAAUGAAUUGAUUGCUGUUGGUUGUUUAGUCAAAAGAGGUCCAGAUUGGGAGUGGGGAAACCAAGAUGGCGGUAACGGAGCAAUCGGUUCUGUGUAUUGUGUCAGAAACAACGGAACUGUUUGUGUGCGAUGGUCAAACGGACAGAGCAGUCAUUAUAGGUUUGGAUAUCACGGAAAAUUCGAUCUUCAGAUAUGUGAUCCUUUUUCAUCUGAAUCAAUAGACUAUUUACAAGAUAAGAAAAGGAAAGAUACUUUGAAUAGAAUACACAAAACACCAGGUCAAUUUCCUGUAUUAACAGAAGCUCACUCUGCUUCAUUAGCACCUCCUCAGGACCAUGAUUCAAGUGAAAUACAAUGUGACUCUCGGUUACCUAGUCCUCAACGAUUAAAGGUAAUAAAAGGGCGUUAUUUCAAAAACGACAGAACGAAUGAUGAAUUAGCAUCAGAUAAAGAAUCUGAUGAACCAGGAGAAUCGUCAUUAUCCAUCGCUGUAAAUCAAUGGAUGUGGGAAGAUGACGAUGGAAAAUGGAAUCCGUACCCCAGAAAGAUAAAUGACAGAAUUAACCAGUGUUACAGGAGAAACCCAAAUUCUACUGUAGUUGUGACAAUUAACGAACACUCUUUCAGAGUGGUGAUGUCCAAAAAUUUACAGAUAGACUUAAUGACUAGAGAGACGUCCGAGGUGCAGCCUGUUCAGUGUUGUAUGCAUGUUUCGUGCCGGUUGAUGGGCCGUUCUUUGCAUGAUGAUUUUGACUGCUCUUUUCGUGAUCGAAAUAUGAGGCGCAUGUGGUCGGCAGAGGAUGAUUACCCACCAUUGAUACUUAAUCUCACCUCUGGUGUAUCAAUGGUUCCGUCUUUGUCUAACUCUUACUUUUGUAUCCUUUAUUGGAAUUAUGAGAUUGAUUGCUAUUGGUUAUCAUCAAUUUUUCAUGAAAUCAUGUUGUUAGUUUGCCGUUGACAUUAUGUUCACAACGUAUUCAAAAUUUUAUGCAUAUGCGGAAGACUCUAUAGUGCCUUUUAUUUUGAGUUCAUUGUGAUGAAAGGUGAAGAUAACAAACAGUGAUCAAUAUCAUAACUCCUACAUAUCUAAAUAAAGUAUGACUCAAAGUGAGUAUUGUUAAUAGAUAACACGUCGUCGAAAUAUCUGAAUGUUGUUUUGAAGAUCACAAGAUAUUUUCCUUCUCGUGUAGAAUCUUGUGAAUGUAAAACUUAUACGGUACCAAUUUUGAUGCAGCAGAUGCGCAUUUCGACAAAUAAUGUCUCUUCAGUGAUGCUCAACCGAAAUGUUUGAAAUCCGAAAUAACAAUGAAGUUUUAGAGCUAUUAUAGCCAAAAACAGCGUGUCAAAAAAAUAGUGCAGUCAAAUUUGUCUAAGGAUAAUGAAUUCUGCCACAAAAGAAUGCAAAAAAGCAAGUUCAGCUAAUAGUCUGUACCCAUGGCAUUCUAACAGGUUGUUGUAAGAAGAUAUUUCUAUGAAUUUCCGUGGGGUGGAAUGCCAUAUACAGAAAGAUUUGUAUACUUUGCAUAACUGAUAUUCAGAAAUCUAAAUUUUCAAAUUGAAAUAUUAAACGGAUCUAACGAUCAAAAUAAAACCACUGAUUUAUGAUUUAAAGAAAUUUGAAUUUUGAAAUUGCGAGCAAGUUAACCCUUUAUUACCCAUUUUGUUUUAAAUGGAGCUAGAUCUGCGCAUGUAUUCUAUUCAACUAGCCAUUUCCCCACGUAAAAGGUUGAUCUCCAAAAUGUUAUGGGUGACUAAAAAUCUUAUAAAUGCUAUCAUUCUACCUUUAAAGUAAAUCCGACGGAUUCGAUCAUGGUUUGACAUCGUCUUAUCUACAGAGAUUUAGAUUUUGCUUUCGUUCACAGGCAUAGUGUAUUGUGUUACUUUGCGUGCUGAUAUAUUCAAUGCUGUUUAUGAGGACCAAUAUUUCAUAUGGCCUUAGGAUUCGAUAGAGCACAGGAAUUUUGGCAGGAACAAGGACACUUUGAAGCUGAAAAUA